AUGGCCAUGAGCAACUGGCUUCGGCUUGCCGUCGUUUCUCUACUUGCCGCAUCUCAGGGUGGUGUUCAUGGAAGUUCCCUGAGGUCAGACCACUCCUCAAAAACAUCCCGUCAGCUGCUCACUCCGGAAGAUGAGGAACAGCUCCUUACGGUAAUUGCUAUCGCGGACCAAGGCGGGCCAACUGCAGACGACAUACAGGCAAGCUACGACUCAUUCCGUACCAACUAUCCUUUCCGCCCAUUCUGCGUCUUGGAAGUGCGAGGAGGAGGACCUGGAACUGGUGACCUCAAAAUCCCCCUUAACAUGGUGCAAGAUCCAUUGGUGACCAUUGCGACUGUCUCUCGAGAUGAAGGUGACUCGUUUUUUCAAUCAGAUUGGUUCGACAUUUGCAAUUUGUAUGAUCUGGGCGACGUUUCCACCGUUGCCAUCUCUUUGGAUGUUCAUAUCUUUGAUGUUGAAGCUUCCUUUGAUUCCUUCUUGUCCAGAGCUGCCAAUGCAGGCCUCACGCUGAAAGGUGCUGGCAUUGGAGUUGUGAACUUAAAUUGGAUUGAUCCCCUCAAUCAAAACUUUGUUCUUACAUCUACUCCGAGCUCCACCCCAACUGAAGUACCCUCUUUCGGCCCAACUCUGUCACCAACUCAAGCGCCCUCGGAGAGCUUCGCGCCCACCAGUCAAAGUGCUUUCACCGUUGAUGAGGAGAUCCAAGUUGCAAGUACUCCAGCCCCCUCUGUAAGCUUCAAACCAAGCAGCAGCAGUCAGCCAAGCAGCUCACCCAGCGUCAGUUUCAAGCCCAGCACCAGUAGCCAACCCAGCAGCAUGCCAAGCACUUCAUUUGCCCCCAGUAUUUCAAUGAAACCAACAAUCUCCGGCCAGCCAAGCAAUUCUCCAAGCAUCAGUUUUAAGCCCAGCAGCAGUAGUCAACCAAGUUCCUCGCCGAGCGUCAGUUUCAAACCAAGUGUAAGCAUGAAGCCUAGCCUUUCUUCCCAGCCAAGUUCUACGCCGAGCGUCAGUUUCAAACCAAGCGUUAGCAUGAAGCCUAGCAUUUCUUCCCAACCAAGCUCUACACCGAGCGUCAGUUUCAAACCAAGUGUAAGCAUGAAGCCUAGCAUUUCUUCCCAACCAAGCUCUACACCGAGCGUCAGUUUCAAACCAAGUGUAAGCAUGAAGCCUAGCCUUUCUUCCCAACCAAGCUCCGCACCGAGCGUCAGUUUCAAACCAAGCGUUAGCAUGAAGCCGAGUGUAUCUGCAAACCCCAGUCCGCCCCCAGGAGGUGCCAAUGCGGCGGAAAGGGAAGAGCCCGAAAAGGAGGAAGAACCCGAAAAGGAAGAGCCCGAAAAGGAGGAGCCAGAAAUGGAGGAGCCAGAAAUGGAGGAGCCAGAAAAAGAAGAGCCUACGGAUACUCCACCUCUAAGUGACUCUUCAACUCCAGCAGAAACGAGUGGAUCGGAUUUCGAUCAUUCCGGAUUCAACAUCGACACCACACCCAGCCAGGAUUGGCGCACUUUUGUCAACGAACAGAUUGCACAUUCAGCUUUCGCCUCUGUGGCAAACGCGAUUACCGGUGAUCUGCCUGAUGCCUCGACAAACGGUGCACUGACAUAUUGCGGACCCACACCAAUGCUAGUAGACGAUUUGUGGGUGUGCACCGACGUGCGAGAUCUAGAUGGCGAUGGUGUUGUGGCUAUUGCUGGACCUUCCCUGGUAAGGAACAACAUAGCGGGGUCAUAUCUUCCCAUCACAGGCGAGAUCGCGGUUGAUUCGUCCGUUCUGGACAAUGAAGCCGAGCUCGAGGAAGUCCUUCGCCUUUCACUGCUUCAUGUUCUUGGAAUUGGAACCUUGUGGGAACCGUACCGUAUGACCGAUCAGACUGGUGAUACCUGCUCCUAUGACGCAAUGGCAUUGGCAUCCUUUGAAUACCAAGCACUUUCAGGAUGCCACGACGGGGCCCCACUACAAGACGAUUGUGGCGGCUUUGCAAAAAGCUGCUUUCAGGAGGAAGCUGGCUCCUUAUCCCGAAUAACCAUUGCAAGCUUGGAAGACUUGCACUAUCAGGUUGAUUAUGGCAUGGCAAUGCCUCCGACUCUUGAUCAAUCGUGUCUUUGUAGACGGCGCCAUCUUGGAGAGUCACAAUCAAACGACGCAACGGAUGGAGCUGCCGAUAGUCGCCGUCUUGCCAAGACGGCAGCAGAGGAAGCGGUGAAGAUUGGCGAAAAAAUCUUGAAGAAAAGGCAGAAGGAAACCAACGGCGAGAUUGGCCGUGACGAUUCCGGUAGUAUUGAUGUGAGCCCGUACGUCCUGGCAAUGGUUUUCAAAGAAAACGACAAAUUGUCCAGUGUUAUCAUCCAAGCGUGGCCGCAGUGA